AUGGCUGUUAGGUCGGCGGCGAAAAAAGCUGGUGCUGCUAUUCUGGCGGCACGAAGGCAGCAGAGUAAGUUUGUAGGGGGGAGGGGGGGAGGGAGCGAUGCGAGGGGGAGGGAGCGAUGCGAGGGGGAGGGAGCGAUGCGAGGGGGAGGGAGCGAUGCGAGGGGGAGGGGGGGUGGUGGUGGCUGCAUAGCCACGGUAUCGCAGGGGUCCUCUGUGUAUCGACUGGCAGCCAAGGGCCUCCUAUUACCUCUCCACCCCUCCUCACACCUCUCCACCCCUGCAGCCACGGUGUUCCAGGGGUCCUCAGUAUAUCGACUGGCAGCCAAGGGCCGCUCGCUUGUGCGCCUCAGCACAGGCGGUUCAACUAAGGACAAGUCGCCACGGGGCAAGGCACAUGCACACGCACACCUGCCUGUGCCGCUCACUGCAGCGCUAGCAGCCACCAGCUACCGGCGUGUGGGCAGGCAGGGCAACCAGCUGGUGCGCGACUCAAAGGCGGCCAUGCGCACCGCUGCCGGGGCUCGAGUGCGCUACAGCCUUCAAAACGCGCGCUACAGGCGGCAGAAGCAGCAGCAGCAGCUGUGCCAGUACUUCACUCGGCUGGGGCAAUGCAACAAGAAGGACUGCCGUUUUCUGCACGAUGCGAGCAAAGUGGCGUUAUGUGUGCGGUUUAUAAGGGGGAUGGAGUGCGACGAGUCUCGAUGCAAGCUGACUCACAAGAUCAUCCCAGAGCGAAUGCCUGAUUGCACUUUCUUCUCCAAGG